ACAGAGACAACAACAACGACACAUUUAUGCUCUAGAACGAUCGCGAUUGGGCCGCCCCGACUCUUGUGACGUCACAAACUGGGUCAAACAAUUAACGUCGCCGGAGAAACAAAAACUCGUUCGACGCGUCCCGCAUCUUGAAUGUUGAGCAGUAAACAAACGUAAAUAAAAUAAAGUAAAGAGACUCGCCGCGCUUUGGACCUGGUCUGUGUUUCACAACCCUCCCAAACACGGACAUGUGACUCCGAUGGGGAACAAGAAAAGUACUCUGGGAUUAUGGGUACAGGAGAAUGGAGGGACUAACCACAGGGGAAGACACGAGACAUGGGAGAUCACGGGCGACCCCUGGCGGCUGCGUGUGUCUGUCAUCAGAAGGUUUUGUAGCCUGGCGCUGAGGGGUCAUUCCGAGCGGGCCCUGGAUAUUCUGACGGACCUUAGAAAGAUAUGUGCGUUAGAAGACCCAGAGGUGCAAGACGCCAACAGUUUUCUUGUGGACCAGAAGACAGCAGGGUUCAUCACAAGGCUGAACCUACUCCUGAAGCAGCAGGACCCGGAGUCUCUACAGAUGGAGUGUACCAACUUCAUCAGACAUCUCAGCCCGCCCGCCAGCGUCUGCGGCAAGAAGAGGUUUGACUUCAUGUUAGCAGCUGACUUCAGGGGAUUGGAAGCUCUGUCCUUGUGCGGCGCCAUGUUGAAUGAUAAAAAGCUACUAAAACUAAGCAAGGUUUUAGACGCCAACAUGGACACCAUGACUCACCUGGACCUCAGCUAUAACAGACUCACAGACCGCGGACUGCAGCGCCUCCUACCGACUCUGCAGAAAAUGCAGGCCCUCCAGAGUUUGGACUUGGUUGGAAAUUACCUGCGAAAGGAGACGAUAGACGGGCUGGUACACGUCAUGUCGGACCCCAGCGCUUGUCCAUGUCUCACACAGAUUUCCCUCGGAAACAACUACAACAUCGCGGUGAUGCCGGGCGGACUGUGUGAGCUCCUGCUGGCCAGGUGGCCUCCACACGCCAGACAGCCGGCACGCAGGGAGCUGGCCACCGGACAGGUCACCAUCGUGGAAACUGUGGACGACGAAGACUAUGAAGACCCAGAUAUCGUAGCAUUGCAGCUGGUGUGAGAUUUACAAAGAUUUAGCCGGAAUGAAAGUAGAUGACAUACAAGUCGUACCAGGCCCUGAUAUGUGAUACUGGGUGAUUGUGGUGCGGUUUGGUGUAACACAAAGACACGCAGACCAAGUCUCACAAAAUCGUUGGUAUAUUGAUGAUUUUUAAUUCCACACGUCCAUGUCUUCUCCCUCCAAAACAAGUGUCGUUGUAUGGAAAUGAAGGUACUCUGGUAGAAUGGUUCCGAAACACAUGAUGUCAGCGCUUGAUGACAAAAUACAGAAUCUACAUUUUACCUUA